AUAGCAGGCAAAGUUGCUGGUUCAGCACUUUCUGAAGAAUUUUGCUGACUUUAUUAUAUUCACAAAAAGAUCUAAGCUUACUACGGUUUUAAACCACAAAAAACAAGUAAAAGAAUAACUGUCAUAUAAAAAUUCAUUACUGAAAAUUAUUUAACAACCAGCAGUUUUUUCUAUAUAAAAAUCAACCCACUAACCGCAAAGCCAGUAAUCAGAUUAAAGCUCAUGAAACGAUCAAGUCAAUCUAUCUGAGAAAUAUAUUUGAGAUGUCUUUAUCAUCGCCCAACACAGCACCAAUGACCAGCUUACGUUUUUGGAUAUUAACAGUAGGACUGCUUGCGUUAUGGACUGUUGUCAUCACAAGUGCAGAGUCACAGCCGCAGACUGCAAAAUCAGCCAUGGCAAUAGUCGAUAAGGAGAAAGAACAGAAGAAUACACGCAAUUGCAAAGCACUCUGCGGACAUUGUGGCUGUAUUGGCUUCUACUGUGGCGAGGAAUGUAUCUGCGAGUGCAACAAAGACAAUUCCGAUACCGAAUGUUUAGUAACGAUGCAGAAGAAUGCGCGCAAGUUGAAUAUACCAUUUGAGCUGCUGAUACAAGGACCUACAGCAAAUAAGUUUGUACGUACCGCCUUACAGUACGAACAGAAUGCAGAACGCAGCGCCAAAAAUCGUGACAGUAUACGCAAUAAACGUUCCACCGUUGUUAUUUACAAGCCAACGUUGCAGAACAGUUUAGACGACAACAGCGCACAGAAGUCAAUAGUCAAGAAGAAGUUGAAGAAUAUGCGAGAAAAACGCAGUGUAGGUAGACUGGAUUGGUUUCAGGAUUUUGCAAACACUUUGGUAAGACCUGCGCCUAUUGGUAUACAGAAGAAAACAGCAGAACCGGAACCGAGUGAAGAUCAAACAAUGCUAAAACGUUCAACAGAAAAGUUAGACUCCUCCUGGUUUGCAGAAAAUACAAAAAAUUUAUUGAAACCAGCGCCGCUUUUUAAAAAUCGAAACAGUGAUGAUGAUGAUGAAUCUUUUGAGAGUCCUGGUGAGAAGAUACCCAAAAUGCUGCAGGAUACGUUGCGGUCAAUACAUGAAACAGCACGCAGUGAACAAUUUGCUGAAGCUGUGCGUUCUAGAAUCAAAGAAGGGGUUGACAUAUUUCAGGAUCAGUUACAGCGAAAUAAUUUGAAUAUUUUACCAAACAAUUUGGGUGAGAAUAUUGUCGAUACUAUCUCGAAUGUGCGUUCGAAUAUCUUUCGUAAUGUCAUUGAUGGACAAACCAAACCAACUAUUCCAACACCUACCGAGCCACCGGUAAAGUACAUCAUACCUUGGUUCCGUCCUAUGCGUUUUCUGCAUCGUGUACAACAGGCCAUCAAAUAAGAUUUAAGUAAUUUAUAUUAAAUACGAGUAUUUAAACAUUCAUACAGUAGCAUUUUAAGUUAAUUUAGUUCAUGUUUUGUGAGGUAUGCAUUGAUUGAUAUAUUUUCUAUAUAUGUAUAUUUGUAAACUAUACUUUAGAUAGUGGAUAGGUAGAAUUGUAUUUUUUGU